AUGUCGUUUGCGCCUUCGGUUAGAGAGCAUGGCUCAGGCUCAUCGCAAGAUAUCCAUCACGGAAUCGAAAUGCACCAAUUCGACCCUGCAGAGUCUCCCGCCGACCGACUCUUGCAACAUGCUUCUGGCACCAAUGAGCGGUCAAAUGCACCAGCCAGCGGGACCGUGAGUGUUGGAGCAACACCACCUGGCUUGCGGAAGUCAACGACGAAUGUCAAUACCCGAGGCGUGGAGCACGCUCGUGAUCCGGUGCCCAUGAGUUUGUGGCGCGCUGUCACGGCCUGGGUCGCGCAAAUUGCCAGCUGGGUUCUUGGCUUAUGUUUCUACAUCGCCAUCAUCGUCGUUCUCCGGCGGUUCGACAAGCAGAGUGUGCCCAGUUGGCCAUAUGAUAUCCAGCUCAGUGCCAUUAUCAAUUUGCUUGGUACUUUCGGGGAUGUCUUUUUGAUUGCCCCGGUCGGCUCGGUGCUUGGACAGACGAGAUGGAUAAGGAGUCGGACCUGGCGGCCGUUAGAAGAAAUCUGUGCACUUGAUGCAGCAAGUCGAGGUGCAAAAGGCAGUGUCGAACUUCUAUUCAGUGGCGGUGCUGGGACAUUGGCCUCGUAUGGCGCAAUUAUCACUGUUCUUGCGCUCGUCUCCGGCACCUUUGUCCAACAAACGGUCAAGACACCUACGUUUUAUCCGUGCGAAGCGACAGCCCGCAUUCCAAUUGCCAGGACGCUCAAUUCUACGGGACUCUACCAACUCCCCGACGAGCCAGACCUUAGUUCCUGGGGAUUGGACGCUUCUAUGAUGGCAGCAGCCUACACGGGCAUAUAUAGCCCGACGAACGCAACGUUUGGCGUAGCUGGUGCAUGCCCCAGCGGAAACUGUUCAUGGCCACCGUUUCAGACGCUUGCAGUCUGCAACACCUGUGCCAACCUCACGUCGCAACUCAAGCGGUCCACCGAGACAAUGACUUACGGUCUCCCAGGCAACUAUGAGAAGAAGUCGACCUAUGUAUACUCUCUCCCAAGCGGCUUUGAGCUGAGUGGCGACUAUCAGAUACCCACCCUGGACGAUAAAGACCUCGAGCUUUGGCGUCCGACGCUCAAUGUCACCCUCACUCGCGGCCCGGCUCAAUUCAUGCUCCCUCAGGUCUACUAUACACUGAACAAGAGCGCCGAGGCUUUUACUAACAAUGGAUCGGUCCUACUCGGCGUCGUUGCGAUAGGUCUUACGCCGGAUGGGCUACCCGCGCAACCAAAUGGAUCCAUCUCCUUCCUCCAGAACGGCUGGACGAACGCGAAGCCGGUAGCACAUGAGUGUCUGCUGCAGUAUUGCGUGCGCAACAUCACCGCCAACUUCAACGGGACAUGGAAUGAAAUCGUCGAAUCCACGUAUACGGACCAGUCCGCCACUGGCAUCGGCACUGAUGGAUACGAAAUCACACUCCCUGCGAGCAUGCAGCACGAGAAGCCCGCAGUCAACUACACGGUCACGCAGAUGUCAUCAUCUGCCCUGUCGAGCUGGCUCGCAGGAUUCCUUGCCAUUGGCAAUGGAUCAGUGACGCGGAGCAGCAGCGGCGCGACGAACGGCCAGGCAACGCCCUAUUACUCAACAACGCAAAUGUCAGUGCUGGCAAACGCGAUGAACAGCUCGUACAACGGCUUCCCAGACGUCAUGGACAACCUAGCCGCAAGCCUCACACAAGCCCUUCGUCAGCUCCCCUACCAGCCGUCUCAAGCCAUCGGCCAAGCGUGCUACGCCGAGGUCAGUGUUGGUCAUGCUUGUGUGCGCGAUAUGGGACACGUGGAGAAGUGGUCGAACGCCGUGGAAAGACGGUCUACUACCGGCGCUGUUACACGGCUUUGA